AUGGAGGCCUGUACGGAGAGGCGCUCGCUGAACUCGAACGCCAGUUCGGCAACCCAGGACAUGUGCUAUGUGGACGCGGGCCGUGCGGUGUGUGACCCGAUCGGAGUGCACGAGCAGCCAGAGAACGACCGAAGGGAACCCUCCAACCGGCAACGACUUACAGAAAAACAGCGAAACUCACGCCCACGCACCGACGCGGCAAUGCAGCACUGGCGGAGCUCUUUAGCUGUGACUGCAGCAGCGCCUCCUGCGGCGGAGGCGGGCACGAAAGCAGUCUGCGUGCGUUGCAAGGGCGACCACACGGUGACCCACUGCCAGGAGUUCGCAUCGCUGCCUGUAGACGAGAGAGCGUCGGUAGUGCGUCAGCACGGACUGUGCUGGGCUUGCCUCCGUCAAGGUCAUAUCGCUCGGAAGUGUCCAUCAAGACAGCGAUGCACCACGGCACCGGACUGCACUGGCUGGCACCACCCGCUGUUGCACGGCGCUCCGCGAGUGUUCCCGUCACAAUUGACAGCCGCCGUCACAGAGGCAACGAACAAUCCAACUCACGUCGGCAGCGCUACAGAAGAAGAUGGAGCCAAAGUGCUGCUACAGAUUCUGCCGCUGCAAGUGAGCGGCCCAUGCGGUCAGCGGACUGUCAACGUCAUGCUCGACCUGGGCAGUCAGAUCACCCUGAUCACAGAGAAGCUGGCAAAUGACCUCGGAGUGACAGGUCCCGUCGACAAUCUCCGUUUGAGCACCGUGAGCGGCACUCGCAGCCACCGGUCGUACCGAGUGGAGUUUGACCUGCAGCCCAGAGGCUCCACUGAGCAGUUCCGCGUCCGCGAUGCGAGGACGACCCCUGUCUUGAAUAUUACAGGGCCGGCCGUGAACUGGCCAGCUAUCAAGACGCAGUGGCCGCACCUGUGUGAUUUGGACUUGCCGGGUAUCACUACAGCUUCAGUGGAUAUUCUUCUGGGGUCAGAUGUGCUGGAGCUGAUCGUACCGCGUGCUGUUCGUGAGGGCCCGGCCGGUUCACCCUGGGCGGUUUUGACCCGUCUAGGAUGGGUUGCGACCGGAAAGCUGCCAGCAGGACUUGCUGAUGGUGAUGAUGACAGACAGGUCAACCAUGUCAAGCUGAUGGAGAAUCAGGAGCUUCAUGAAGAAGUCACGAAUUGGUGGAAAACUGAGGCAUUCGGGACGAAAUACAAUGAUGCUCCAAACCGCUGCACGCAGGACAAAACAGCGCUCGAUCUACUGGACUCGACCACUAAACGGGCCGGCGACCGUUAUGAGACUGGUCUCUUGUGGAAGUCACCAGAGAUCACUCUGAACGGAAACGUCUCCAGCGCCUUGUCCAGACUGAAGGCAACGGAAAGGAAGCUGGAUCGCGAUUCAAAGUUUUCUGAGGCAUAUUGUGCUACUUUAAACGACUAUAUCGACAAGGGAUAUGCCAGGAAACUGACCGAAGACGAGCUGAAGGAGGAACACAAGCGUGAGUGGUACCUUCCUCAUCACGCCGUGUUCAACGUGAACAAACCAGGAAAACUCCGCGUGGUAUUUGACGCUGCUGCUCGUCAUGACGGAACCUCUCUGAACCAGCAGUUGCUUGCCGGACCGGACCUCACAAACAGCAUGAUCGGCAUCCUGCUGCGGUUUCGACAGCGGCCGGUCGCACUAGCAGCAGACAUCAAUGCCAUGUUUCAUCAGGACGAGCAUCCUGAUGCAGCGGACGCAGUUCGUAAGCGUUUUUACGUAGAUGAUUAUUUGGACUCUGUAGAAGACGAAAAAGAGGCGAUCGAGCUCCGACAGUCGCUGAGCAGUCUUCUAUCUAAGGGUGGGUUUUCACUCUCAAAAUGGGCCAGCUCAUCUCAAGAAGUACUGCAAGGCAUCGAGCCUGGUGAUCGCAGUGUGACCUCUCGUGACCUCGGAGACAACGACCGGAAGUGCGAACGCGCGCUAGGCGUGCACUGGGACACUCUGUCAGACGAACUGACAUUCAGGGUCACUUCCAUCAGCCAGCCAGUCACAAAACGAGGCAUCCUGAGCAGCGUCUCCUCCAUUUUUGACCCUCUUGGAGUGCUGGCGCCAUGGGUUCUCACAGCCAAAUGUCUUCUGCAGAGCAUUUGGAGAGCCGGCUACGAGUGGGACCAGCUGAUAGCGGACACAGGGCUCAGAAGUGUCUGGAAAAGGUGGACAGACGAACUGUCUUCGUGA